UGCGUUUUCCAGAGCGGCAAUUGGGCGAGACGGCGGGCAGGGGCGUUUCCCCUCGCCAGGUGCCCGGCACGGAUUGGCGCGGCCGCCGCUUAACGCCGCCCACCAGAGGAAGGUUUGGUUGAGAGCUGCUGUUUGUGUGUUCGACACUUUAGGGGCCGAGGCGGGGGGAGACGGAGCUGGAGCCGCCUCAGGAGAGUUGAGCCACUAGGAUACUGUUCCUUGGCUCAGAACCAAGCCAGCUGGUCAGUGGCGCGAAGGUUCUCCGAUCUGCUGGGGCGCAGGCUGUGACCGGAAUCCAGGCCAUGACCAGCAGAGGAGCCGCCAGGCCGAAUGGUCAGUCCCAAGCUAGUAAAAUCUGUCAGUUUAAGCUAGUGCUGCUGGGAGAGUCCGCAGUGGGGAAGUCCAGUCUGGUGCUGCGCUUCGUCAAGGGUCAGUUCCACGAAUACCAGGAGAGCACUAUCGGGGCGGCGUUUCUCACACAGUCCGUCUGCCUGGAUGACACAACAGUCAAGUUUGAGAUCUGGGACACAGCUGGCCAGGAGAGAUAUCACAGUCUGGCCCCAAUGUAUUACCGGGGGGCACAAGCUGCCAUUGUGGUCUAUGACAUCACCAACCAGGAAACGUUCGCCCGCGCGAAGACAUGGGUGAAAGAGCUGCAGCGGCAAGCCAGCCCCAGUAUCGUUAUAGCCUUAGCAGGCAACAAGGCUGAUCUCGCCAACAAGCGCAUGGUAGAAUAUGAAGAGGCACAAGCCUACGCAGAUGACAACAGCCUAUUGUUCAUGGAGACGUCAGCCAAGACAGCGAUGAAUGUUAACGAUCUCUUCCUGGCAAUCGCCAAGAAGCUGCCAAAGAGCGAGCCCCAGAGCACAAGUGGCGUGGCGGGAAGGAACCGAGGCGUGGACCUCCACGAGCAGACCCAGCAGAACAAGAGCCAGUGUUGUAGCAACUGAAGGGUGGCUUUCGAGAGAGAGGCCGACGCGAGAUGAAGAGCUAAGAUAUAACCUCCAUUCCCGCCCCCGUCCACCACACUUCACCUCCCCUAACACCGGCGCACCGACACCCGUCUGAACCGAAUCCCUCCUGAUGCCUCUAACUGCACUUUUUAAUGCUUCAGAACCACCGCCAGACAUCUGUUCCCACCACUCCAGUGACAGUGGAACUAGAUCGACCGGGGACUUAACUUCCAAAAAACAAACUCUUCUCUUUGUAUUAUAGGUGCAAAUAGCUACCUAAUUCUGAUUGAUUCCCCGUCUCCUUCUCCUGAAUAAUUCCUCCUUCCCCCCCCACCCCCCUCUUUGCUUUGGUAAAUCUGUGUUCUUGGUCCUAUAACACCUGUCCUCUUCUACCCAUCCCCCGCUUUAUUUAAUGCUGGGGGGAGGGGCCCAAAGGAGGUGGAAACUUAACCCUUGUAGGUUUAUUUCAUGAAGAAUAAGUUGAACGGGGACCUACAGAAAACACUGUUUCUGGGGGUGUCUUGUGGGUUUUCUCUAUUUUUCUCCUGUUUUUUCAUCUGUUUCAAUGUUUGGGGGAUGGGGGGAAGCUGCAGUGUCCUUAAUUUCUUCCUGGGUGGCCUUUCCGGCAAGGGAGCGGAAGUGGUGGGGAACAGGGGGAAGUGAGGGAUGGAACCCUGUGAUCCAGAAUCAGACACCCUGCUGGCUAGCGUGGAUCGCUAUGAAGCGAACACAGACAAUGACUCUUCAGUGCUGCUAAAUCUGAGUAGCAUGAACAGAAUCAUGAAAUGCGUUACCGUAAACCCACUGAUCUUGGUAAUGCCAGGCCAAUGCGCCCAGCAUCAUCUGCUGGAUGGAUUCUACAGCUGUGUGGCAGAGGGUAUCAUUAAUACUGACUUGGGUGAGGGUGUAAAACCCCAAAGUUCCCGCUACGCCUGGUAUUUUGCAGUGAUACGCCCCUCAAGAGCUCCUGGCCUCUCAGAGCUGUUGGUUUAUUCUUCCCCUAUCACCAGCCGCGCAAAUUCUCUGGUUUGCACUUUAAUCUCCAGUCUGUCCAGUUGAGCUAAUCUUGCCUUGGCCCGCGUUCAGUUUAAGCUAGCUGGAGGGCUCCUGAGCCCCUGAGGGAGAGUCACCGCACUGAUUUCUGCUGCUCCCUCCGCUAAGAGGAACCCACCAAAGGUUUUAUCCUUUGGGCUCCAGUCCGCUCCUGUGUCAGUGUGGAGCUCUGCAGCUUACAUAUGUGCAGGGAAACUGGGCUCGCUUUGGCUGUUACACUUCAGUCCCAAGUGACUAGCCAGGAUCACUUCAGAAUGGGGGGAUCAUAAAAUAGUCCCAGCGCAGGGGUGUCCCCUUUGUAGGAGGGGGUGGGGUUGGUGAGCCUGCUGAGCAGCAAACCUAGGGAGCUCCAGGAAGGACAUGGGGCUGGGAGUUGGUGUUGGAGAAGGUGAGGCUGUGCAAAGGCAGAGGACCUGCCUUCUUGGUCCUGGGAAUGGUGGCUGUGCUGUGUACUUCCCCUUCCCCGGGCCCCUGCCCAGCUCAGCGUGUGUGGAUCCACUCCCUUGCCUUUCUAGCAUGGGCUGGAACUUGGGUGAGGUGGGGAGGGCGGCUGAGAGUCUCCUCCUCCCUCUGGGACACUGGCGAGGGCUUGGCUCUCAUGGAAGGGGAACACACUGGUUACCUGGGGGUGCCUAUCAGUUUCCCCCUGCAGGUUCUCCUGGCAUCAAAGCACAAUCCAUUCUGCCUCCUCUCCGGGCGCUGAGGGAGAGGGGUGUUACUGCUCCCAGGGAGGGUCUUUCACGCCUCAGACCCAUGCCUGCCCCAGCUGGUUACGUUGGCAGGUCACAGGCACCCAGCCUGGCUGCACACACUCCCUGUCUAUGUAAUGUCACAAACUCGGCUCCACAGCUGAGGGCCCCUUUGAAAUACAAGCUCUCUUGUGCAAAGUAGCCGCAUGUUUUAUUUUGGCUGUAAAUAGCGCUUGGUUCUGUUGGGCUGUAUGGGAAGCCCACGGUGUAGUCCCGGAAUAGCUGAUUCCAGGCAUCAGAGCAGCACCCCCGUAGCCUUGUUAAUGAUGGAGCUGCUCAUAGCAGGAACCUCCUGUUAAAGGGGUUGCCUGUUCAGACAGUCUUCCCUGGGGCUUAAUGUGCUGUAGCAGGUUCCAAACCAGACAGCAAAACGGUCCUGGUGCCCUGCCCAGAUAGAGGGGGAAAACAGGGCACGGAGUCUCUUGCCUCUGGUUCCGAGAUGCCCUGAGUCGCCCAAGGGUGUGUUGUGACCUUCCAAGGAUCCUUGAUGCACCGUUACUGCUAGCGCUAGCUGGUGGCUUUUCUUAGGUGCCUUGGAGGCUGACAGGGCCACAGGCUUAACUUUGCCUCUUGUGGGAGUCUCCCAGAGCAGGGGCAAAGGGAAUCUUGCACGUCCCCCUGCACCUGUUCUCUGGGUAAACUGUCUCCCCUGCUGUCAGUCCUGGCCCCUUCUGCCAGUUCAGUCGUAUGUUGAGAAUCUGACGGCCCCUCCGCCCUGUUGCUGCUCUGACUGCCCCGGGGAGAGCCUGCGAGGGAGCUCGUGCCUGCUCAAGGUUCCCAGGCUGAGAUUAGGAUGCCGCCCUGUGUGUUUAUUGGGGGUGUGGGUAUGCGGGGGGAGGGUGGCUUUGAAGUGGGAUCUCUCCAAGGGGGAGAGGUGAUGCCCUUCCCCAGCACUAGCCAAACUGAAGCCCCAGCAUCUUUCAGGAAGCAGGCUCCUGUCCUCCUCUCGUUUUGUAUUGUCUAGGUCAAGCAGAGUUGAAGCAGCGAAACAACUAGGCAGGGGAAGCACCAGGCCCAGCCCAGGACAGGUGGGAAAUCGAUCAGGAAGUGGCUGGGAGGCUGAGCUAGCCUUUGCCAUCACUCCUCGCUGAGUUGGACCAUGCGCGGGAGGCCCUUUCUUGCGGCCAGGAGACCUUUGGGAGGGCUGAAGGGUGGCAUGGCCUCAUGGGUAUUCGGUUCUUUUCUCCUCUAAUCCCUGCAGUGACAUGACGUGUAACUUCCCCCUGCCACUAACGCAAGGGCGUUGUUGGAGAUUUCAAGCUGCGCUUCUAACAUACAUGGGGGGCUUUGUCUUUACUGGAAAGACUUUCUGCUCGGUGGAACAACUCUGCUUACCUGUCUGACAACCAGUGCUCUUCGUGCAGCAUCUACCCCAGUGGCUGCUGGCAAAGCUGGAACGCACAGAGCCUGCAUCCAGAGUCCUCCACAUUCAGCAGUGUCCAUAACCCUCUUACAGGAGUGUGUGUUUUCUGGCUAAAUCCCUGGACCAAAUUGGGACGCUGCAGCUUUUGAAAGCCCCCGCCACCCCCCUAAUCCUGCUUGCUUUUUUUUUCUGAUCAGUUGUUUUUGCUUUGAGAAAGCUCCUACAUCGCAUUUAAAAUAACAAUCAUGAUAACAGAAUUUAACUGCUGAUUUACCAAUGUAUUUAAUGUAAGAAAAAAAAAUCAGUGUAUUAAAUGAAGCUGCUGUUUUA